AUGAAGACUACAUUAAUCACAGUCGCAGCCCUUGCCGGUCUUGCCUCCGCCUGGAUGCCAGGCGUGCACAAAGACAUCGUCUCCCUUUCCGGCGAGAACCUUUUCAACAAGACCGACCCCAUCACCAAGCGCUGGCUGCCAUCAUCCAGCAAGAUUCGAGGCGUCAACCUCGGCUCCUUGUUUGUGUUUGAGCCCUGGCUUGCCGAAAACUCAUGGAGCAGCAUUGGAUGUUCAGGUCAAAACUCGGAGUUUGACUGCGUCAACGCCCUGGGUCAGGAUACUGCCAAUACUAACUUCCAGGAUCACUGGGGGUCGUGGAUUGUUGAAGAUGAUAUUGCGAAUAUGUCAAGCUAUGGCUUGAAUGCCAUUCGCAUUCCGGUUGGAUACUGGGUGCGAGAGGAUAUCGUGUAUAGUGAUAGCGAGCACUUCCCUCAGGGAGCGUUGUCGUAUCUUGCGCAGAUCUGUGAUUGGGCUGCGGAUUAUGGUUUUUACAUCAUCAUUGACUUGCAUGGUGCCCCUGGUGCUCAGGUCGCACAGAAUGCAGACACUGGACAGUGGGCUUCCACCCCCGGUUUCUAUGUCGACUACCAGUUCGAGCGAGCUCUUGAAUUCCUCGAGUGGAUGACUACCCAGAUUCACUCGAGCAACAGCUUCCGCAACGUCGGUAUGCUCGAGAUUGUGAACGAACCCGUGCAGGACUCCAGCUCCGUUGGAACAAUGAGAUCAACCUACUACCCUGAUGCUUUCAGCAGAAUCCGCGCAGCCGAAAGCGCCCUCAACAUCACCGCCAACAACGAACUCCACAUCCAAAUGAUGAACAAUCUUUGGGGCUCCGGUGACCCCACCGAAUACCUGACGGACAACUACUUCGCCGCCUAUGACGACCACCGCUACAUCAAAUGGGACACCAGCGUCGCCGUGAGCCAGGAUAACUACAUUAGCACAUCAUGCAACGACGACCGCGGCGGAAACACGCCCACCAUCGUCUCGGAGUGGAGCUUGAGUGUCCCCGACGACGUGCAGUAUACAGCGGACUGGGACCCGAGCACGAACCAAGACUUUUAUGCAAAGUGGUUUGCGGCGCAGGUCAUUGCCUACGAGAAGCAGGAUGGCUGGCUGUUUUGGUCAUGGAAGUCGGAGUUGGGUGAUUAUCGAUGGUCCUAUCAGGAUGCUGUGGCUGCAGGUGUUAUUCCGACGGAUUUGGAUUCUGUUUAUGAUUUGGGUGUGUGUUGA